GCUCAGGUGAUAGACGGCGCCCGCGGCAUGGUUCUUCGACCUGAAAAUCCUUCCACCUACACCCCAGUGGCAACUCAGAGGCUGCCCUAUGAUCCUGCCUACGACCCCAGCUUGGCGGCUGCCCCCUGCCGACAUCUCGCUGGCCGCCGGGCUCCCCCUGCAGCACCCGCAAACCACACUAGACCACAAGAGGCCCGUGGACCCUGAGUUCCUGGCAUGGUUGCGUGCCGAGGGCCUGGCGGACAGCACCGUCACUCUCCUGCUGCAGCAUGGGUUCGACUCGCCUGCGAUGAUGACCAUCAUGGAGGACCACGACGUGCGCUCCCUGUCGCCCAACCUGGGCCAGGCCCGCGUGCUGUCUCGGCUGGUGCUUGGGCUGAAGGCGGAGCAGCUGAACCCCCCGGGGGUGCAGCAGCGUGUCCUGCGUGGCCGCUCCAACAGCUUCAGUCACCGCGGCGAUGUGUACCUGCAGCAGUCCGGCCUUCCCCUCGUGGAUGGCCACCAUGUUCCGCAGCAGCCGCUCGGUGCCUUGCCGUCGGUCCCCCACCGGAUCGGCGACGUCGUGGGCAGGAGGCCCAGCAGUGCUCCGUCUCAGCACCUCCUCGGCAGCUACCCCAUCACCCCCGGGGCAUUUGCCGGCAUGGCGAUGGGCCAGCCACGGCCACUGCCCACUUAUAACUCCCAUACUGGCCUCACUAUGUCCAACCUGACUGGGCCAGGGCAGCAGCAACUGUCGAUGCCUGCCGCUCCCAAGGCUUAUUCCACCACGUACACGGUGCCCAUGGAGCUGCUGAAGAGGGCCCCAGGCCUGUCGCAUGUCCUGCCCACGCAGUUCCCCAACCCGACCCCGCAGCACUUGCGCAAGGGCACCAUGCCGACGGAGAACACCCUGGUACCCGCCCCCGGGGCCGGCGCCGUCGCUAACGCCACAGGCUCUGGUGCUACGCUACAGGGUCAGAGCCUUAACAAUCCCAACAACCCCAAGCUGAGCCGCCGCACCGGCCCUCCUGUAAUCGUCUCCACCAUGGCAUCGCCAGAUACAAGUAUCCGACCCCAGAUCAUGAACGGUCCUAUGCACCCGCGCCCCCUGGUGGCCCUGCUGGAUGGGCGCGACUGCACGGUGGAGAUGCCCAUCCUCAAGGAUCUGGCCACCGUGGCGUUCUGUGAUGCACAGUCCACGCAGGAGAUCCAUGAGAAGGUGCUUAACGAGGCAGUGGGUGCCAUGAUGUACCACACCAUCACGCUUACCCGGGAGGACCUGGAGAAGUUCAAGGCCCUGAGGAUCAUCAUCCGCAUCGGAAGCGGCUACGACAACAUCGACAUCAAGGCUGCUGGCGAGCUGGGGAUUGCCGUGUGCAACAUCCCGUCAGCGGCUGUGGAGGAGACGGCCGACUCCACCAUCUGCCACAUCCUGAACCUGUACCGCCGCAACACGUGGCUGUACCAGGCGCUGCGGGAGGGCACGCGUGUGCAGAGCGUGGAGCAGAUCCGCGAGGUGGCGUCGGGCGCCGCACGCAUCCGCGGCGAGACCCUGGGCCUCAUCGGCUUCGGGCGCUCCGGCCAGGCAGUGGCCGUACGGGCCAAGGUGUUCGGCUUCAACGUGAUCUUCUACGACCCGUACCUGCAGGACGGGCUGGAGCGCUCGCUGGGCGUGCAGCGCGUCUACACACUGCAGGACCUGCUGUACCAGAGCGACUGCGUUUCCCUGCACUGCAACCUCAACGAGCACAACCACCACUUGAUCAACGACUUCACCAUCAAGCAGAUGCGCCAGGGCGCCUUCCUGGUGAACACGGCGCGGGGCGGCCUGGUGGACGAGAAGGCCCUGGCCCAGGCCCUGAAGGAGGGCAGGAUACGCGGAGCGGCCCUGGACGUCCACGAGUCGGAGCCCUUCAGCUUCGCCCAGGGGCCCCUGAAGGAUGCCCCCAAUCUGAUCUGCACCCCCCACACGGCGUGGUACAGUGAGCAAGCGUCGUUGGAAAUGAGGGAGGCUGCCGCCACGGAGAUCCGUAGAGCCAUCACCGGCCGAAUCCCCGACAGCCUGAGAAACUGCGUCAACAAAGAGUUCUUUGUUACCACGGCACCCUGGGCGCUAAUGGACCAGCAGGCCGUUCAUCCUGAGCUCAAUGGCGCCGCCUACAGGUAUCCGCCGGGUGUGGUGGGCGUGGCUCCAGGCGGACUCCCCGGAACGAUGGAGGGCAUAGUGCCAGGGGGAGUGCCCAUCACCCAUUCUCUGCCCGCGGGCACACACCCCUCCCAGGCCCCCUCGCCCAACCAGCCUGCCAAGCACGGCGACACCAGAGAGCACCUAGCCGAGCAAUAGCACUACACUAGGAGAGCUCGGAGCAACACUCAACCCGGGACCAAGAGACAGUGAGCCCACCCGCUCCCACUCCACACUGGGGACCGUAACACGUUCCGUGGAUUUCUACUCUUCAUUUAAUUAUUCUUUUCCUUUUUUGGUUCAGUACAGCUCUUGUAUUUUUUGGAAAACGGCAGUUUUUUUUUCCUUCUUCCUCUUCUUGGACGUUUUUUGAAUGUUGUGUGCGCCUUCGGGGGCGGGGCAGCUCAGGCCCCGCCUACUCACUCCUUGUCUGAUUGGAUGACUUGCUUCCUGAUCGACCAACCACAGAGCUCGGACGACACCUUCUCGUUACUGGACACUAACACCACCCCCUCAGCCUCUGAUCCUUGCCCUAGAUCUUUCCUGUCAGUGUGUGACUUGACAUUACCUCUUAAUCUUUUGUUUUUAAACACGCAAAAUGUUUAAAUUUUUUUUCCUUCAAUGUGAAAAAUAAAAAGUAAAAAUGUAUUAUAAAAAGUAUAUAUAUUUAUCAGGUGGCAGAAAAGGAGGAACGAGAAGAUUGUCCAAAGCAGCGGCAAUCGAGAGACGCCUUUAACCCUUCCCUGGCCAAACAGCAAGCCCCCGGCCUCAUGCGUGGCAUGUUUAGUUUAAAACUAAAUUUUUCUUUUUGUGUGAACCACAAAAAAACUGCAAGGUGUGUGAAAUGUGGCAGUUCUGCUGGUUUCAGUAAGAUGUGUGAAUUCAUGCGUGUUUAACAUAAAGUAUUUUCAGACUUAGGACCACGCGAUCGUAGGUGUUCUGCUCUCCAGCGGGGUGCGCCGGCUGGUACUGACAAUCCGGGCCAACAGCAGAGACUCCGAAUGGACGGAAGGCCUGAGAUGCUGUCCGAGUCUGCUUGAGUGUUUUGAGUUUUUUUUUUUUUAAUGUAUGUUCACCAGGACGGGAAUCACAGGAAAGGGUUAAAGAAAUGAUUUGUUACUACUCAGGAAAACCCUUUUUGACAUUUGUUUUACCUCCCAACCCAAAAUUUUGUCUGAGAACAGCAUAAAAACCUUCUGGGUUCCCCCCCCCCCAGCUCUUAAUUCCAUGGUGGUGUUUUUAUAAAAUGGACCCAUCCCACUUUUGAUGUUUUAUGGGGUCUGUUACAUUUGUAUUUCCUAGAUAAAUGUCCUUAUAACCAUAGGCCUGUGUGACCUGGCCCCCGCUUUCCCGUUCCAAGCUCCUGUGGAGGGGAGGGGGGUGUCUACUCUGUGAGCAAUAGUGGAAUCCUACUAGUGUCCCAUCAAUAGCAAGCGAAGGCUGCCAGGAGUAUGUUUUGUUUUUAGUGUGAGUAUUUGUAUUUGUUUCUUGUACAAGGUGAACACUUAGCAUUCAGUGCAGUUCCAAUAAAAAAUACAGUUCUGAGAUCCUA